AAAAAAAAAGAAAAAUACCAAGUCGCAGUCCUGAGCACAAAACUCGGACUUUAUUAUGGCGGCGGCAAUUAGAAGAAUCGCAAGCAAAAGUUUCGCCAAGUUCACUUCGUCGUCAUCCCUUCUUCUCCCGUCGGCUAUCUUAAUUCCCUACCGAUCCAUAGCCACUAAACUCUUCGUUGGAGGACUGUCAUUCUGCACAACAGAGGACGGAUUAACAGAGACAUUUUCACAAUAUGGUCAAGUUGUUGAAGCUAAGAUUAUAACAGACAGAGUCUCCAACAAGUCAAAGGGUUUUGGUUUUGUGACCUUCGCUUGUGAGGAUGAAGCCGAGAAAGCAUUAACUGACAUGGAUGGAAAGAAUCUGAAUGGAAGAGUCGUUUUUGUGGAUUACGCCAAACCUAAAACUGAUUUUGGGGGUGGAAUCCCCAUUGCCAGAGGACCUCCUGAAGAGCCACCACAACCCAAGGUUUUAAUAGAUGAGGAGCUCUAAGGUUUCAAGCUUCUAUUGUCUGAAGGUUUUGGGUUUGAUCUCCCUUUACAGUCACUCCUUCAUAACAUAAAGAAGUAAGCAUAUUCUCUUAUGGGAUCAUCAUCAUGAUUUCAUCCACGCUCAAAAGAGUCAACAAAUUAUGGGUUCAUUUAAUCAGUUCACAAUCUUUCGCUUACUUUGAUAUUUCUUUACGCAUACUUUUCUUUUUUUACUUUUGACAGCUUGGAUUGGAUUCAAAUAUAAGCUUGUUUAUUUUACGCAUACUUCUCUUUAGCAUGAGAAGAAGACGUUUAUGCUACUGCUGCUUCCUCGUGAUUGACCUGCCCACCCUCCCCUGCCUCCUUUCCCACAUCCCUUCAGUUGUGCUGUUACAUCUCAAUCCUCCGAGAUUU